CACUCUGGACAAAUCCAUUUCAUUCAGGCAGGCUCAUUCUCUGCAACGGAAGCUUCUGUUUUGGAGCUGGACUUUUUUUAAAUCUAUUUACUUCUGUCAGACCAUGUUCCUCCUCAAUACCUCCCGUCCUCUCACUUUUGUGUUGUCCGUGUCUAAUAGCCAUUGUGCAUCUGUGGGGUGGACCUAUGGUUUGUCUUUAGUUGUUAUACACCUCCUGUAUAGGAACGAUGCACUCAUGCACCCUAACGAGCAAUGUAACCAAAGCUCCUACUAUCUACUAGGGUAGCCCUUCCCAACCUGGUGCCCUCCAGAUAUGUUAGACCGCAAGUCCUAUUGCCCUUUGGCAGAUGUAGCCCCAAACACUCAAAGGACACCAAAUUGGGAGGGUUGCAGUGGUCACUGCUUGCAUAGAAACCUUGUUAUACCAGGAUCCAUUCUGCCUAUUUUAAGCUGCAUUGGAGACACAAGAGAAACUCAAGGUUAGCAGCAUAUGCAUCGACAGGGGAAGGAUUAAGGGAACACGUGUGGUGGGUAAAGAGAGACAUGACAGAAGGAGAGACCUCAAGGCGCUGGGAGGCAAAGAGGAGGGAUGUCAAGAGAGCAGAGGCCAGACUCAGCCAGGGCCUGCAGAGUUUAGAAGAAGCCCGGUUCUCCUGUUUGAAUUCAGUAACUAAGGAACAGAAGCGACUCCAAGAGGAGCUUGUGAGGCUGCAAAAAGGCCGCUCCAAGCAGAAACUCUCACUGAGUCCUGGGCCCAUGAGCGUGACGUUGCCUUUCCCUCUGCUCUUUCCUCAAGCAAGGCAGGAUUACAGUGGCUUCCAUGGUUCCAUGUGGAAGAAAACAUUUUCCAAGGGCAGGGGACUUUCAGAAGCAAGCCAGGCUUCCUUUCGUCCACAGACACUCAACAGUGAUAUCUCAGGAAGUGCAGGGGACAGAAAAGGACACCUGCCACCCUUGAAGCCCAAAGAUCAGAACAUGACUGAUGACAGGGACAUGACUACCCUUAGACAUUCCACUUCCAAGCAACUAAUUAUUUCAGCAGAAUCUGGGGAGACAGAGGAGAAUAAUGGCACAGAUGAUCAAGGGAGGGAUGUUGGAGCCCAAGGUAGCACCAUAUUCGUGAACAUUCCAGGAAAGCGAAGACCUUCCCUUGGCCAAGAGAAGCUGAUCAUGGAUGCAGAAGCUUAUGGUGCUGAUGGAUGCCCCAGGAACAUGUACAGCAGGCCAGAUUUCCUGAAGUCCUAUUCUGAAGCAAGGAAAGCCCGCUACAUCCGUCACAAAAACAUUCCAGCCUGGGAAAAGGAACUUAGCCUCCAGGACAUAUUUGGGCACAAAAGGACCAUAGAACAUUCAGGAGCAGAAUGAGAUUAAACCGAUGUCUUACGUAGAAGGAUUUCUAGCCUAGUCCAGGGUGAUCAGAUCUUGUCAAUUAAAGCACAGAACUUAAGAGUAAAUAUUUAAAAAUGAGUGAUUGAUCAAGGCCAUUAAACCUAAACAGAAUAUAAUGGAGGGAAGGCACUGCUAAUGGAGGAGGGAGAAUCAAUCUCAAGGAUAUGCAAAAAGAUAAUUUAUUGGACAAUACUGUUCUAAAAUAUAUCUUGCCAAUAUGGCAAAUACUCAGGGUUUCUGGGAAUUGUAGUCCAACAUACAGGGAACCAUCGUUGGGAACUGCUGCACUAAAGAAUAUGGAGCUAUUCUGCACAUGGCUACCAUUUCACUGUCAUCCUGUUUUGUUUGCUUACUUAUAUUGAUCGGAGUACUUGCAUGUUUUUAGCAUUUGUACAACUGCUACAAAACUUUUCAAAGUACUUACUUUCUUUUUUUUCAGAUUUUUUUUUUUGCAUCAGUUGUCACACACCAGAAGGGGUGCAUUUUGAAAACUACUUUAGUAACAAAAUCUUAAUGUAUCUGCAUUUAUCUGCCAAUUUAUCUGCCAGUGCGUUGUAACAGCCAGACCUGCACUUCUCUAGAGGCUGUGGAGGUUUUGUUGCUCACAGUCCAGCUGCUCAUCCUUUUUCUAUCUCACAAGCAGACGGCAUAAAUUGGUUUUGUUUGUUGCAACAAUGCUUUUAAAAAUUCAAUUGGUUGCUUCUGAGACAUAGUGACCCUUUCCAGGUUUCUAAACUCUGAAGUCCUCAGAAAUGGUUUACCAUUCUCUUCUUCUAGAGGCAUUCUGGUACAAUGCAGCUUCCCCACGGCACAUGCUGCCUCUUCCCUCGAGAGGCAUGAUGGGGAAACGGACUCCUAGCUCCAAAGCCUGGUGCUCCAAUCCUCUGAAUAUACAUCUAUUGAAAAUGUCACAAAAUGUCCAACUGAAUUCCACUGAAGAAUUGAGGACACUGAAAGUUUGCUCAUUGUUUCAGCUUGUUCUUAACUAUUUCAUUUCCCUUAUAAGAAAUGCCUGAUGUCGCUUCAAGCACUCUCUGGGCGGUUUACAAGUUAAUUAUGCAGGCUAC